GACCCUCCCUUGCCUUUUUUUUUCCCUUUCACAUCGUGUGACCUCAUCCUUCGCUCAAAGCACCACCCCUCAGGACAAGAUACCUAAGCACCCAGUCAUUCAUCCAGCAUCCUGGCCCGUGGUACCUCGUUUAAGGGGAGUACCUCCUGUCGCCCGCAUGGGCCGGCAUUAGCCUGCAUCCUUCAUGCGAGUUCCCCAAAGAGGGGUUGCCAGUAAGGUUCUUUCCAUCCCGUUCUAGACGGCGGAGCUGUUUGCUGCCUCAUCCGUAGCCUUAGACAGUUCUACGAAAAGGAUUUGCUAUCCUGCGGGAUCCGGAGAGAAGUUGUCUGCGCUGAUUCGUUGUAGUUGUCGCGGGCUGCCAGUUUAGUCUUUCGGUUGGUCCGUAUAAAAACACUCCGUGCGUAGCGGUACUUUCUGUGACGGGCUGCCAAGUUGUUUGAACUUUUGACUUGGUUUGCAGAUAGUGUUUUUUCCUCUGCUAAGGUUUAUCGGUUGGCGUACUUAUUGCAAGGCUACAGAUAGCAUACUAGUACUAGUAAUAUAGCAUCUCACUAUCAUAGUAUUACAGUUCUGACCGGGAUGGUGAUAUUAACUUCGCACCCGUUUGACAGAAUAUAUUUUCCUGCUGUCGCCAAAGCCUGAAACAUGGCCGGACAAGGCUUUUGGCAGAGCUAAACUCUCGUACAUGCCGUCUGAGCCUAAACAGAUGACACCGUCCGGUCGAGACUUGUCUAACCGUGACUCCUCACUUCUGACCAUCUAACUAUCUAAUUACUAUCUAGAUAGAACAGAUGGUUGUUGUAAUUCUGACUGCCAGAUGGAUGCUUCUCCAACCAAACCACCAAGCCCGAGUCGGGAUCAAUCGGGAGAGUGGGACUCCCAGCGACUGCCGGGCCAACCAGCAAAGCCAAAGUGGGCAACAAAAACUCACCGGGCAGCCUGGCAACCCCGCGUCAUUGGGCGGUGUGGCUCCACCCCUCUUCGGCUUUGCCUGGCCUUUUUGGAACUUUGGAGACUGCAAAAGGGCUCUUUUCUCUUUCUUCCGUCGUGGGUGGCCGGAUUAUCCCACAGCCACCCACGCCAUGACUCAGUGUACGGGUUCUGCGGGUAGGGAAGGUCAUGAGAUUUGUCACACCUGGCAGUCCAGCCAGCCCUUUGAUGAUUGAUACUCAGACUAUCAUAUGGCCAUCCUCUGCUGUCUGAGCCAAUCGUCGUCUGCCUAUUCUUAGAGUUCCACUGCUCUACUGAGGUUGAUACCCAGCUUAUUUUGUAAGCCAGACGCCGUUUGAACCUGGGGUUCUUGGUGACCCAACCCUGGGUGCAUUAUUUUAGUCAGUUAUUGCAUAUGACUCUAAACCAUUUUGCAUAGGGGGGGAGAUUAUCCUGGACCUUCUCAAAGGGGCAGGUGUGGAAGAACAACGGAAUCAUGUGAUGUGAUUAUGUAGUGCUUAUGUAUCCAGGCUUAAUUCUAUGCACUCACCGGCUUAGCCGUGCACUUAUCAUCGCCCACUAAGUACUGUCUCACAAUGAAAAGAUGUACCCCGUAAAUAUCUGCUCCGUUAAGGCUGUAUGACUUCUACCCAGCUUACACUGACACAGAACCCUUGCACAACAGUUCCGAACAUGACCCUGGACGUUUGCUGGGUCUUCGAGGUGGAUACGACUUACUUGUUAGUCCAUACCGUGAUGUGGUUAGUUAGGCCAGGAGUCCGUAGCCUUAGACUACCCCGGAAAGGUAAACCGUAGUAGCUUUGUUCAUGAUCAUACAAUGGGCCGCGAAACGAGAGGAUUGGUUGGAUAUAGCAUCAUCUACGGAGUAAAGGCGGAGGCUACUACUAAGUCGUAUUAAGUCCAAA